CAUCUUGGAGAGAGGAGGGGAAAAAAGAGGACUUUCCCCCCGGCUUUUAUCUUAGGGAAAGACGGCUAUCCUGCCGUCGCAAGUUUGUUGGCUUUAAACUUGAAUAGCCGGUGUCUUUCCGUAAGGGAGAAAAAAAGGACAGGUUUUGAAUGCGUUUUCGGACUUGGAUUAAGUUGUGCAUGGAAACUAAUGAUAUUUGAACCCGCGAAAAGGAGAGAGAGGAGGUGGGUGUCGGAUACAGGACUACUUUUGCGUGUCCGUCUUAUUCUUUUGCGCGUGGAUCACAGAUACAAGCGUGUUUAAUUUGGUCAAAGGUGGAAUGGUUUGUUUUUUGUUUUUACCAUAAAACUUCCUAAAUCUGAUUAAAGCUGCACAGAUCCUAAAGGUUUAAUCGUGCUGGAAGACAUAACAUUUUCGAGGAAGCUUUGAGAAUCAGAACCAGAAAUACAUAUCUAUAUAUAGAGAUAUAAAUAUAUAAAACUAUAUUGCAGCAGUGUUGAAAUUAUGGCGCUGAAGGCCAAAGUGUUGUACGAUUUCCACUCUGAAAAUCCAGGAGAGAUCUCCAUAGCAGAGAAUGAGGUGGUGACUCUGUUUAGCGAGGAGGAGCUGGAGGGUUGGCUGGAGGGGGAGAACAGCAGGGGGGAGGCUGGCCUCUUCCCUGCCUCUUAUGUUGAGAUCAUCAGAGACCAUAUCACCUCCAACAACAAUGGCUUCUCCUUGACCCAAACCAAAGUCCAGACCUCCUACACAUCCUCCCAGCCUCACAGAGGAUUUGGGGCUGGUAGCAGCAGCUUCCACACUAGCCAGGGCAGCGAUGAUGACUGGGAUGACGAGUGGGACGACAGCUCUCCUGUGGCCAAUGUCCCUCAGGGUCUCAGCAGCAGCCCUCCUUUGCACCCAGUUGCCACCUCCCUGCCGGGCCGUGGGAGCUCCCAGCAGCAGCAGGCCAAGAGUUCAGCCACAGUGGGGAGGAACCUGAACAGGUUCUCCACCUUCGUCAAGUCCGGAGGAGAGGCCUUCCUGCUAGGGGAGGCGUCAGCUUUUGUGAAAGAUGGAGACAGGAUCUGUGUGGUGAUGGGGAAGCAUGGACCCGAGUGGCAGGAGGACCCUUAUCCGUUCACGUGCACCAUUGACGACCCCACCAAGCAAACAAAGUUCAAAGGGAUGAAGAGCUACAUGUCAUAUGGCCUUACUCCAACGCACACCAAUGUCCAAGUCAACCGCAGGUAUAAACACUUUGACUGGCUCUACGGUCGGCUCGUGGAGCGCUUCCCUGUCAUCUCAGUGCCCCACCUGCCAGAGAAGCAGGCCACGGGCCGCUUUGAAGAGGACUUCCUCUCCAAGAGGAGGAAGGGUCUGAUCUGGUGGAUGAACCACAUGACAAGCCAUCCUGUGCUGGCGCACUGUGACGUUUUCCAGCAUUUCCUGACUUGUGGGGCGGAUGAGAAGGCAUGGAAGCAGGGAAAGAGGAAGGCAGAGAGGGACGAGCUGGUCGGGGCCAAUUUCUUCCUCACAAUCAGCCCCCCCUCUGUACCUCUGGACCUGCAGGAAGUCGAGAGCAAGAUUGAAGGCUUCAAAACAUUCACCAAGAAGAUGGACGAGAACAUCAUAGUUGUGAACACCAGCAUCAACGAGUUCGGCCGCAAACAAAUAUCGGGGUUCAAAAAGGAGUACCAGAAGGUUGGACAGUCCUUCAAACUCCUGGCCCAGGCUUUCGAGCUGGACCAGCAGGUCUUCUCAGUGGGCUUGAACAAGGCCAUUUCCUACACGGGGGAGUCUUACGAGGCAAUAGGAGAGUAUUUUGCUGAUCAGCCGCGGCAGGACCUGGACCUCAUUUCCGACCUGCUGGACAUCUACAAAGGACACCUGGCCAACUUCCCUGACAUCAUCCAUGUGCAGAAAGGUGCACUGACCAAGGUGAAAGACUGCCCAAAGAAGGAAGGUGAGCUGCACGACCGCUGCAACAUCAUUUCUUUCGCCACGCUGGCAGAAAUCCAGCACUUCCACCGCACACGUGUACGGGACUUCCGCUCACAGAUGCAGUACCACCUACGCCAGCAGAUCAGCUUCUUCCAGAAGAUCACGGCCAAGCUUGAGGACGCACUGCAGAUAUAUGACGAUGACCAGUAGCACAAGAGUGAGACAAGGAAGAGAACAGACUACAAAGGCUUCAAAGAAAUGGGUUGUGGUGGUGGUGUCAUCCUCUCAUAAUCGAGAGCAUCUUAUUGUCCUUUAAAAAGAAAAAUCUUUUUUGUGAUGAUCCCUCGCUGUCUAGUAGGAUCAUUGGAAGAAAAAUACAGGCCAUUUGACAACUUCUUGUAUUAUCUGAAGCUCUGAUGAAUGUAACCAUUAACAAGGAUUUUGCUGACGCUCCAGACACAUGUUGCAACUCAGCAGGAUUGCAGCAGAUAUUUAAAACAGCUGCUCUCAGUAUGACUGGAGCUGCGUUUGAGUCACAGUUUCAGGGUCACGUGACCGUCUCCACUGCCUCUUCAUGGGAGCACUCGGUCGGGAAAGAACAAUCAACAACAGCCCAAACAAAGACUGGAAAACUAACUAAAUCGCUUGAACUGGAUGUUUUAGCGCCUGAAAGAUAUAAAUGUACUGAUUUGUUUUAACUUGAAUGACCUGCUCAGUAUUGUUUUAACAAGACAGCGUAUGAAAGGGAAGAGGGCACUGCCUACUUUCCAGAAUCGGUUUCAAGUCUGGAUUUCCAUCACAGCUUGAAAUCUGAGCUACCUGUGAUGUCUGACUUCUUUCACAUCACCCUCACCUUGUUUGCAUUUGAAACUUUUUGUGGUUGAACAUUUUCUCUUAAAUGUUUUAAUGGUGAAGCGGUACCGCAGUAAUCUUAACUUCCAGAUGUUUUAUGAAAACCUAAUGCUACAUCUGUCUCUCACCCAAUUCAGGGUAAGUUUAAAAGCUCUUUCGAAUGCCAGCUAUUUCUGGCAUGGAAACAGUAAAGCGAGAGCAUGCAGGCAGUGAUUGUGAUUAUAGCAUAUUUUACAUGCUUUAGAGUGAAAGCUUUUUGUUUGAGAAACAUGGCAGUCCUUGUGAAACUGAUCAACUUGUACAUCUCAGACAUGCAUCACUAACAGACCAAUUCUUUUAAUGCUAUUUGGGGUUGGCAUUGUUCAAAUACUAGACAUAACAGCUUUUCAACUCCCUUCUAACACGGCACCAAAAUAUGAUCACAAUGCCUCACGUGUACUGAUAUAAUGAGCCCGAUUCACCCAGAAGCUCCUUGGAUUUAAUCAGCAUUGAGUUGCAGGCUGAGCUCUCUGAGAGACAGUUAGGAUUUGUUUAAUAUUACUUAUAUUUUCCUUAAAAAUGCAGAAAACUCAGAGAUACAGUUCAGUGGAGUUGGUUACAGGGGUUUAAAGUAUCAGCCACUGUCAGUCUGAGUUGUGGUAUCAGGUGUGACUUCAUUCCUUUCCUGUGAUUUCACUUUACAAAGUUUAUAAUGGGACAAACCACCAUCCUGGUUGGUUUUUAGCUGUUCACUUGGAUCGCUAGCAAAAGUGAAAGUGAUAUACUUUCAAUAUAACAUGAUGGGAGAAAAUAAAAAAAUAAAUAAAAGCAGAAUUUAUUUCAGUUAUGACUCUGUAUUGUUGAUCAUUGGCAUUUUUGCACAAUAUAGGCCCAUUUUCUGCAUAUUUUAGGGUGUUUGUUUUGAUGAAUAUUAAUAUAUUUGUGAUGAUCACACACUAUUCGGACAAAAGGUAUUGUGCCACACUUCUUAAUCUUUCAUCUUUUUAGUGCCAAGGGUGUAUAGAAUCAGUUACCUAGCCAUUCAGCAUGCCUUUGCAGUCAUUUGUGAAAGAAUAAGCUCACUGAAUUCAAGUGCUGUAAUAACACGCCACACUUUCAAAAAAUAUAUCCAUAAUCAGCUGUACCCGCUGAAAAAAAAUGACGGUUGAAAAUCAGAGAAAAGCCUAUGAAACAUCCAGAGUUGUCAUUGUAGAUGCGCUUAGUCAGUGUUAUUAUUCUUGUGUUAAACUUUCAGUUCAGUUUCAAUUAUAUAGUCCCAAAUCACAACACCAGUCACCUCAAGGCACUUUAUAUUGUAAAGUUAGGACCCUACAGUAAUACAGAGAAAACCCAAACAACCAAAUGACCCCCUAUGAGCGAGCACCUGGCAACCCUGGCAAGGGAAAACUCCCUUUCAACAGGAAGAAACCUCUGACAGAACCAGGCUCAGAGAGAGGCAGCCAUCUGCUGCAGACGGUUGGGGGUGGUCACACAUUUUAAACCCUUUAUCAGGUGAGAAACAAUGUUUGGUGACUUCACUGGACAUAAAUUAGCCUCGUUUCCCCUUCUCCAGGAGGCCAUAGAACCACUUGGAUGUUUCCCACCACCCACCUUACCAUAUGGUAAUUUAUGUGGCUGCUUCACUGACCUUGAUUUGGACCAUGAAAAUUACAAAUGUGGAAACGUUAUCAAAAAAUAAAAAACUUGCAAUAUAGACCAACUUGAAUUUCCAAACAUUUCAAUGAGUGACCUAUAAAGGGUUAUGCAAGGGUUGACGUAAGUCCAAAUGAUGUAAAGUUCAUUAUCAGAGGGUGAACAUGAGGCUCCGCCCAAACUGAUUUCCACGUGACCUCUGAAUUGGAACAAUGCAGGCUUGUUUAUGCAGACACUACUGUAUGGUUACCCACUACCUGUGAUUCUUUGAAUCAGGCUACCAAAUGGUGUAACUUAAACAACUUCUCAUCCAUGGUUUCUACAGCUGUCCAUGUUCCUUUAUCUGAAAGCCCGUGUAGCUUUCAGUUACACCAACACAGUGACUUCAGUAUCAAAAUUCAAAUACAGUUAGAACAGAAAAAGCCAGAAAAGUACAGUCCACAUUAACAUUAAAACAGUAAUCCAUUACUUUACGUAUUUACUCCCUGAAAAACUUUAGCUGCACUUCUCUUUGCACUUUUGCUUUAAUCACCCAAGAUACAUUAAGACAGAGUUAACCAGAGCGUUAACAUGCACAUCACUGCAUAUCCACACUAAUGACUGUGCUAAGGAGGGGACAUAUGUUGGCACUUUACUGUCACAUUCUUGCCCGUUCAUGGAACAGGUUCAUACUAAAUAUCUCCUCCCAUCAGAAGUAUGUUUCUUUACGCACGUUACCUGACAGCUGUUGCACAAACAGGCUUGAAAGAGCAUUUUUGAUUUGGUUUUUGUUUCUGUUCACUGAUUAUGCAAGACAAAAAAAAAACAUAACACAAUUGGCAUAAUUGUGUUAUGUUACCCUUCCUAGAGAAAAGUCUCUCAUCUCUUGUUUUCUCUGGUGAAGGGACCACUUCACUCCUUGCUAUCUGACACCAGAGUUCAAAGACUGCAGAUCAGGUUACUCCAACUGCAGGCCCUUCAUUAUUUAGACUGUCCUCUUUCUCCCCUCCACUCAGUCUUGAUUUUACUUUGAAAUUGUGCUUUGUUCAGAAUGCGUUCAGACUUACCUGCAAAAAAAACAAACAAAAAAAACAAGACCUUUCUGGGGUACUGCUCUCUAAACGCUGCCUGAUUCAUUGAGUUUUAAAGGUCAGAGAUGAGGGUUGUGGAGCGGUAAUACAAAAAAUUUGACUCACCCCAGAUGUUAUGCAUGUGACCAGAUUAAGAAUCUACGUGGAAUUCUACAGUGCAAUGCAUUCAGAAUUUUUGGUGUAUGUUAUGGUGUUAACGCUUGUCACGUGCAUGCCUGGCCACAGAUAUACAUGUAGAGAAACAAGUUUUCUGUACUCAUUCAUGUUGUGUACAACGAAUCCUGGCUCUGCCAUCUGAACGUCACAGUCGGGUGUGACAGAGUAUUAAGGCCACAUUAAGAAAAAAAUAUAAUUUUGCUACGGCUGCUUUUUCUUUUUUUUUCAACUUUAUUCUCAAAAUGCGGCACUAAUACUCCUUUGUAGCAGGAACUCAUCAGAACCAGGUAAUAUCUUCUGUUGUCCAAUUUUGGUGAGCCUCUGUGAAUUGUCACCUCAGCUUCCUGUUUGUAACUGAUGGGAGUGGCACCCAGUGUGGUCUUCUGCUGCUGCUGCCCAUCUGCUCUUCAGAAAUGCUUAUCUGCAUUCCUUGGUUAUAACGAAUGGUUCUUACUAUUGCCUUCUGCUCAAAGCUGACUGGCAUAAACAGUAUUUUUUCCCCACAGAGAUGCCUGCUCGAUAUUACCUCUUUUUUUGCGACAUCUGCUGAUGCUCUGUUGGAACUCCAGCAUGUUGUCUUGACCAUGUCUACAUAACUAAAUGCAGUGAUUUGCCGAACUGUAAUUGACUGAUUAGAUAUUUGCGUUAACGAGCAGUUGAAUCUGUGUACCUAAUAAAGUCAGUCAGUUGUC